AUGUUCUCAUGGCGGAUUGGGCUGGGGCGCACGGAGUCCGUGAAUAAUUACGAGGGCGUUCUGGUUUCUCUAGAAGAGGCGCAUCUUCACAGCCACUCGGCGCGGGUUGGACGAGUCGAGUUUGAAAACCAAGAUGAAAGCGCGGGUGACGACGAUGACGACGAUGUGAAUUCGGUAAAGGACGACCAGGGGGAGGGAAUGCUGCUGAUGAAUGCCGCCGAAUACACCAUCGAAGGACUAAGAGCAGAGAUGAGGCAAGGCAAACGAGGGCAGUGGACGGAUUAUGAGAUCAAAUCCAAGCUCAUCAACAAGGCAAUUCAAGACAUUGGCAUGGGGCGCUAUAACUGGCAGCUGUUCAUCCUCUGCGGCUUCGGAUGGUUUGCCGAUAAUUUAUGGCUACAGGGCGUUUCACUAACCUUGCCAUCAUUAUCAGCGGAGUUUGAUAUACCAGAAAAGACAGUGAGAUACACGACAAGCGCCUGCUUUGUCGGGCUCUCUCUUGGAAGUUUCCUUUGGGGUAUAGGGUCCGAUCUCUUUGGCCGCCGAAUCGCGUUCAACAUGACGCUACUUAUUACGAGCAUCUUUGGUAUUCUAGCUGCGUACGCCAGAAGCUGGGGAGCUGUAUGCUUCCUUUACGCGGCAUUCGGCUUUGGUGUUGGUGGCAACCUCCCCGUUGAUGGUGCAUUGUUCCUGGAGUUUCUGCCGGAUGCUUCCAGUUCACUACUCACGCUGCUGUCCGUGUGGUGGCCCAUCGGACAGCUGGUGUCCUCACUAGCUGCGUGGUUCUUCAUCGCCCAGUGGCCCGUGGAAAUUGGUUGGCGAUACUUUAUUAUGACCAUUGGCAUCAUUACCUUUGCAAUGUUCGCCAUGCGCUUCUUUCUCUUCCACAUGUUCGAGUCGCCCAAAUUUCUCCUCAACCAAGGCCGCCAGAAUGAAGCAGUUGCUGUCGUCCACGGCAUCGCCUAUCGGAACGGCGCAAAGACAUGGCUCACCUCACAGAUUCUCGAUCAAGUUGCGGCAGAAGAUCCCGAACAAUCCAGCAAUAAUGCUCAGCAGUAUUCCAUGUCCUCGAUUCCUCGCUCCAACAUUUUCAAGGAGAAGUUCAGGGGGUUCUCAGGAGAUAGAUUGCGGCCGCUAUUCCAGACCAAGACUCUGGCUCUCGCAACAUCUCUUGUGUGGUUCUGCUGGGCAACCAUAGGCAUGGGAUAUCCACUCUUCAAUGCCUUUUUACCCCAAUACCUUUCUCAUCACGACGGCGAUGCGAGCAGCGAAGCAAUGCAAGACGAAACCUCCGCCAUAUCCGGUGUCACAUACCGCAACUACGCCAUCACAUCGAUCAUGGGAGUUCCCGGCAGUCUCCUUGCUGCUUACUUGGUCGACCAUCCAUCUCCUUUCUUUGGCCGUCGUGGAACCCUGGCCAGCUCCACCGUCGUCUCGGCAGUGUUCCUCUUCAUUUUUGCGGCGUACGGCACCACACCGACGCGCCAGCUCGUCUUUUCUUGCAUUGAGGCGUUUGCCCAGAACAUCAUGUACGGCGUUCUGUACGCCUUCACACCGGAAAUCUUCCCAGCUCCCGUUAGAGGUGCGGGUACGGGAGUGGCCAGCUUCCUCAACCGACUGACAGGUUUGAUGGCUCCGAUCAUAGCGGCGAACAUUCCUGGAGACGGAUCUACUACGCCCAUUUACAUGUCUGCUGUUUUGAUCUUGGCAGCUUUUGUGGGCAUGUGUUUGAUUCCCAUUGAAACUAGGGGUGCGCAGCGGUUGUAG